CCAGCAAGUUCAAAACAUUCAAAUGGGGGAAAAAGUCAAAUUUGGGAGAAUUGAGAACUUUCAAAAAGUUAAAGUUGCUGUAUGGAAGUUUUGCUGAAAAUGGAUCUAAGAAAAGUUCUAUACAGAUCUACAAAAAUGUAAUGCAUCCAUGUCUGCUUGAUGUAGCUGAAGAUACACAUGUACUAGAUGUAGUUCCUCCACCAGAACUUAAUUUGCUGAUGAAGAUUGUUACAGAGAUUUCUAAUGUUUUAUGUAAAGAACCAGAAAUUGCUGUAUGGCUAAGUAACCAUGGGAUAAUUUGGCAUGGAUAUAAUGGAGGUGGGUUAGAUGGUAGAAAUGCUAACAAAAUUCGGAAGCUAUUGCCUGAUUUGGAACAACAUAUUUUUGACCAUUAUCCUUUUUAUCAUCCAGUUGUUGAACUGUUAAAAUCGUUUUCUAUAGUUGUCGAUAAGUGCUUUGGUAUGAAACUUCAUGAGGGUUAUGCAGGUGCUAUUGCAAUGUAUGUUAAGAAGUUAAAGGAAACUGAAAUUUAUGUUAAAGUUAACUUUAACCACAAUCUCUCAAUGGGGUGGAAAGGUCAUAUUAUUGAACACCACCUUGUUAUUUUCUUAAACAAUAUUAGAAUGCCUCUAGGUGUAUUUGCUGAGCAAUGUUUCGAAUCUGUUCAUCACAACAUGCUUAAAACUUUGAGUAUAUUCGCAACAUCUGAAUCCAGAUCAAACCAUGGAGAACUACUGAGAAGAGCAGUGUUAGAAUAUUCAAGCAAUAGAGUGUAGAUGAUUUGAUAUAAAUCAAUCAUUGGAUUUUCUUAUUAUAAUACGAUUACUUAUCUUUUAUGUAAUAUUGUAUAUGUCUUGUAAAUUAUACUUUUUGUAUUAUAAUUUGUAUA